CAGUGAGGCAGUUGAUGGUGGGAUUCCCUGGAUGACCUCACAAUGGGCCGAAUGACCAGAAAGACUGUGUAUAAGUGAACUGGAACUUGGGCCCCAUGUGCAGACUUCUGGGGAGCCGUUGAGGUGGGCUGGAGGUAAAGAUGAAGAUCUGUUAAAACUUACAGGAUUUGGGGCUGGGGAGGUAGCUCAGUAGAAUAAGUGCCUGCCUGGCAAGUGCAAGGUCCUGAGUUCAAAACUUUUACAGGAUUUGAUGAGUUCCCAGUUUGUUGGACCCAGGGAUGUCCUAGGAGGGAACCUGCCCAGAGUGUGCAUGGAAGCUGUUCUGUGCCUUCUCACCCCCAAAUACCUUGCCAUCUGUAUCUUGUACCCCGCUGUCCUAAGCUGCAUCCUUUAAGAUAAACCACUAAAUUACUUACAAAAUUCAAAUUUCUAUAAACCAGCCUAGCAAUGUCAUAGGAACCCCAUCCCCUAACUGGUUGGUCAGAAGUUCCAAGUUAAGGUUGACAUUUAAAGCAUGGGUCAGUCUUGUGGGGCUAAGUCCUUCCCUCCCGGGGUCUGACAUUUAAUUCCAAGUAUGUAAUCAAUUGUAAUCAGUUGAGAACACCCAGGUGAUGUUCAGAGCCAGCACUGGUGUCAGAAGUGUGUGAGGGUGAAGAGAUUGAAGGAUUUUCCAGACUAAUUUCAUGGUAGCUGCAUCCAGAGAAGACUCGAUUUGCUAUUGUUAAGUCGUGAUCUGGGACCUUGGUUUACAUAGGACUUUGAUGGAUGAGAGCACUGCAGUUUGGAGAAGCUAGACCCCUCGCUUGAGGCUCACCCCUGAGCAGUGCUUAGUACAUCUGUUUAGACAAUGCAUUUUCCUACUUAAAGAACUUUUAAACACUGCUUUAAACCUCAUUCUGCCCCACAAAUCUCACCUGUGUCCCAUUCUUAAUGACUCCGGCUUUUUGCAGAGCACAAAGGUGGGGAAAGAAUUGCUUCCUCUUCCCAGCACAAAGCUCCCCGGCCCCAGCCCUCUUAAUUUUUUAAUUUUGAGAUUGAGUUUCACCAAGUCGCCCCAGCUGGGCCACUUGAGAUCUUCUUGCCUCAACCUCCCAGUGUGUUGGAAUUACAGACAUAUGCCACCAUGCCCGCUCCCCAAAACUUUCAACAAUAAAAAUAUAUUUCAGUUCUGGAGGCCAAAGUCCAAUAUCCAGUCAAGUCGGGGCUGGUGCCUGAGCCUUCUCUCCUUGGGCUACAGCUGACCUCGUCUCUGGCCACGUGGUGCUCCUGUGCAUGAAGGCGCCCAGGUGUCUCACCCCAUCACAUCUGGGACCCACCGUGCCUGGCUCAGCCGGGGUUCCCUAAGGGCAAGGGAAGGAAUGAUGGUGAAGGUGAGAUUCCAGCUCAGAGCCCCGCAAAGCCUGGUGAUUUCGCUGCCACCACUGUUUCGUGUUUAAGCAAAAUCAGAGGCACCAGCCUAGCCCGAGGCCGCGCGGCUUCUAAAGGGGCCGCGAGCUGAGUGGUAGUCAGCUGCGCGGGACAGGCGGCGGCCCUCUCACCGGCGCCCAGUCCUCGAGCGGGCCCCCACCUCAGCGCCCCGGGGACCAACGACUCAAACCCGCGCCCGCAGUGCGCCGCCGCCACCGAGGGGCAGCGAGAGGCCGCUCCAAGCGGCAACCGUCCCAGGCCUCCGGGACACCGGGACCCAGCUUCUCUCUCCUGGACAAGAAAGAAGGCUUUCACUUCAGAAAACUUCAAAAGGGAUGCACUAGAUUUAAUUGAAAAUGUUAAGACUGCCCAAAAAAGGAUUACCUAGAAUUGAUCAAGCUCAAGACGAAGAAACCUACCUUGAAAAUUUAGCAGUACAGAGAAAUGCUUCUGCUUUUUUUGAAAAUUACGAUCGCAGUGAAAUACAAGAGUUACUAACCACAGCAUUAGCCAGCUGGUUGUCUACAAAAGAGGAUGGCCGAUCACAGCUAGAAUUCCCAAGUGGGAUUAUGAGUCAAAUGAAUAACGUAGGAUUCUCCACCGUGAUCCUACUGAUGCCUGCCGACCCCACCGCCCUCUUAGACUAUAGAGAGGUCCAUCAGAUCAUAAGGGAGUUGGCUGUUGGAAUUUAUUGCUUAAAUCAAAUUCCUUCAAUCAGCUUAGAAGCUAAUUAUGAUCAGAGUUCUUCCUGUCAGUUACCUCCAGCUUAUUUUGAUACCAGAAUUGGGCAAAUUCUGAUCCAUAUUGACUACAUGCUGAAAGCACUAUGGCAUGGAAUAUACAUGCCCAAAGAGAAACGGACCAGGUUCUCUGAAAUGUGGCGUACCAUCUUCGACAUUGAUCCAGAUGGGAAGCCUCAAACCACUAAAGAUAUUUUUGCAGAGUUUAAUUCAUCAGGGUUGAUUGACAUCACAGAGGAUCCAGACUUUAGUGGAAUCUAUGAUCAAGACCUGAAUGAAGAUCCAACGUAUGAUCCUAACAGCCCUGAAGAAAAGGCUGUGUUUAUGAAAUAUGCCGAAAAUAUUCUCCUGAAAUUGACAUUCAGCACCACACAAGUUCAGCAGUGUGAAAAUGUCUUCAUCUUUGAGGCAGCCUAUUGGCUUACCAACGCUAUCAAAUAUACUCAGGAUUAUCUUGAUAUUUGUACCUAUCAGAGACUGCAGCAAAGAUUAUAUCUUCAGAAAAAGAUUAUUCAAAAACACUUUGAGAAGAAAAAAGAAAUCAGAAGAGGGAUAAGCUACCUAAAGUUGAUAUGUUUUCUGGUUCCAUUUUUACUAAGUUUGAAAAAGAAGAUGAAAGUCCCAUAUUUAAAUAGCCUGCUACCGCCUUUUUCAGAUGAUAAGGUCAAGACAGAGCGAGAACUGCCUCCAUUUAUUUAUGGACGAGAUUUUAAAUGCCAGAACUUUCACUACAAGGAGAAUCAGUACUUUCAUGUUCAUGGAGGAAUUGAAUUUGACAUCACCACCCCUUCAAUUGAGAAUGCUUUGGACGAUUUUAAGAACAAUUUAGAAAGAAUACGAGAGUGUGCUGCUAAUACAUUUAAAGAAGAUUAUGGAUACAAAGAAUAUUACUCAAUACCAGUCAUGGAAUUUUGUGGGAAAAGCUACUAUGUGAUCUAUUUUGACCUUGAAAUUUUCUAUCAGCAACUGUACAAGACACAGUGGUGGGGAGCCAUCAAUGAAAUAAUGAACACUCUGAGGGUGAAAAGACUUCCACUGACUGAUGCUCAAUUACAUGAACAAUUUAAGAAAAAAUUUGGUUUCAAAAAAGCUAUGAAGUGCAAGAGUAUACCAUUUGGUCUGAAGUCUGCUGUCGAGCGAGGGCUGUCUGCGAUUUUCCACACGUUUAGCCGGAAAACCUCAAGCUCCAUAAUCAAUGUCUCAGAUGAAUCUGGGUACGCUAUUUUCCACCACGCUGCUCUCCACAACCGAAUUUCCAUCAUAUGUCACCUGUGUGACGCUAACUUCAACGUCAACCAGAGGCGCUUUGUUAUGUUCAGCCAAGCAGAGUCAUCCAAAAUGGACGUGAAAAAAGAAAGAAAUGGUCCAACACCGCUUCACCUGGCGGCCCAGGCAUGCUCCUUGGAAACCACCCUCUGUCUGCUUUCUUUCAAAGCCGAUUACACGCUUUCUGAGAAAAGAGGCUGGAUGCCGAUCCACUUUGCCGCAUUCUAUGAUAAUAUCUGCAUCAUCAUGGUUCUUCACAGGAAAGAUCCCAGUCUGAUAGAAGCCGAGGCAACUGCUGAGAAUCAGUGUACUCCGCUGUUACUGGCAGCCACUUCAGGAGCUCUGGACACUAUUCAAUACCUGCUUUCUCUUGGUGCUAACUGGAGAAAAACAGAUACUAAAGGAAACAAUAUAAUCCACUUGUCAGUGCUCACCUUUCACACGGAAGUACUUAAGCAUAUAAUAGAAUUAAAUAAUCCUGAACUCCCAGUUUGGAAGACUUUAGUAGAAAUGUUGAAGUGUGAAAACUUUAAGCGAAGGAUGAUGGCUAUCAUGUCCUUAGAAGUAAUUUGCUUAGCAAAUGAGCACUACUGGAAAUGUAUUUUGGAUGCAGGCACCAUUCCUGCCUUAAUCAAUCUAUUAAAAAGCCCCAAAAUAAAAUUACAGUGUAAGACCAUUGGGUUACUGAGCAAUAUCUCAACCCACGAAAGUGUUGUGAAUGCCUUGGUAGAGGCAGGAGCUAUUCCAGUGUUGAUCAACCUCCUAGUUUCUGAAGAACCCGAACUACACUCUCGCUGCGCUGUCAUUCUGUAUGACAUCGCUCAAUAUGGAAACAAGAAUGUCAUCUCCAAAUAUAAUGGAAUUCCAGCUCUGAUAAAUCUCUUGACAAUAAACAUAGAAAAUGUGCUAGUAAAUGUAAUGAACUGUAUGCGAGUAUUAUGUAUAGGAAAUGAAACUAAUCAAAGAGCUGUGAGAGACCACAACGGCAUCCAGCACCUCAUUCGAUUUCUGAGCUCUGAUUCCGAUGUGUUGCAGGCGGUGUCUUCCGCGACCAUUGCUGAGGUCGCGCGUGGCAAUAAGGACGUUCAGGACGCGAUGGCUCAGGAAGGAGCCAUUCGGCCCCUGGUCGCUCUCUUUAUCGGAAAACAGCUGAGCGUCCAGGUGAAGGGCGCCAUGGCUGUGGAGGCGCUGGCGAGUUACAACCCCCCCAUACAGAAGGCCUUUCUGGAGCAUCAGUUAACUGGCUAUCUUUUAAAGCUCCUAAAGGCAUUUCAGAUCGAUAUUAAGGAGCAAGGAGCUGUAGCGCUUUGGGCCUUGGCAGGGCAGACGCUGAAGCAACAGAAGUACAUGGCAGAGCAGAUUGGAUACAACUUUAUCAUAAACAUGCUUUUGUCACCGUCUGCCAAAAUGCAGUAUGUUGGAGGCGAGGCAGUCAUAGCUCUAAGCAAGGACAGCAGGAUGCACCAGAAUCAAAUAUGUGAAGGCAACGGAAUUGCACCAUUGGUUCGCUUGCUCAGAAUUAAUAAGAUAGCCGAAGGCACACUUCUCAGCGUCGUCAGAGCCGUGGGGUCCAUUUGCAUCGGUGUUGCCCACACAAGUAAUCCCAUUAGCCAACACUUCAUUGUGGAUGAAAAUGCCUUUCCGGUACUUAUGCAGCUACUGAGAGAACACCCUUCGCCUAACAUUAAGGUUGAAGUGGCAUUUUCCUUGGCAUGCAUUGUUCUCGGGAAUGAUGAACUACAGAAAGAAUUACAAGAAAAUGAAGGGUUUAAAUAUUCUGAUGUCCUCUAUCUUCUGCACUCAACUGAUAAGGAUAUUUGCUUAAGAGCAGCCUACGCAUUAACCCUUUUUGCCUUCAAUAAUCGCUUUCAACAAUUUUUAAUAUUGGAAAGUGGAAAAAUCACCAUAUCUAUUUUUGAACCUUUUCUUGAAUCAACAGUUGAAACUGAGAAGGCAAUGGCAGCAUUUCAGAUUAUUGUGUUAGCUAAAGUCAUCAUAGACGUGGACCACAUUACUUUGUCUGCAAGAGGCGUCACUAUUUUAGUGAACAGUCUGUACUCCUAUCAGCAUACUACUAUUGUCUUGACAGGAAAUUUAAUAGCUAGCCUGGCUCACUCGAGAGCUGGCAUCCCAGAAGCAUUUAUUACAUUAGGGACAAUUCAGCGACUCUGCUACCACUUGUACUCAGGAAGAGAAGAGGUUCGUACAGCAUGCUCUUGUGCUCUUGGAUACUUAACUUACAAUGCAAAUGGUUUCCGCAUUCUGUUAAAAGAAUGCAGGAAUAAGCCUAAUCAGUUUCUUCGUAUAAGAAACAAUAUCAGCAGAGAUGCAAGUAUCAAUCCAGCAUUUUUAAAGGAAUUUCAAAGGCAACAAAUGAUUGGACUUCCUUCUUUAAGGUAUUGUGCCAAUUUAGGGAAAGAGCACCAGAGAAAAGCAAAACCUAAAAUUCAGCCAAGAGAUUCUUUGACUUUAAUGCCUCCUGUAACUAACUUCGUGGGACUCUUCAAAACAUCAAAAAAGAGCAAAGUUUCCCAUAAUAUUUUUUCUUUUUCAUCUGCAAUUUCAUCAGAUAUCAUCAAUGUAUCAAGACCAAGAAUAGUAUAUUUGAACCAACUUGGGAAAAAGGAACAGAAAGACAACCUGGAGCCUGGAGAAGGACAAUAAAAAAAUCUUAGUAUG